AUGCCAAAGACCCAAAGACAAUCUGAUGAACCGCUGAAUCGAAUAUCACAACUUGGAACCGAGUACUGGACGCUUGGUACCCUCGAGAGUUUGUACAAUCUUCUUUCUGACACCACUCGAGAUAUGCAUGACCCGAAUCAGCGGAGAGAGAAAUUUGGCCAAAUCAAGGUUUACUUGGCAAAGUGCGCUGUUGUAGACGCUUGGCGUGGCAUGAAGCCCACACUGUAUCCAAAGCGUCUUCAAGAUGCACAGCUUUGCUUCUCACCUGCUACCAAAGACCCCACGGAUGAGAACACAGUCGUGGAGAGUGAAAAGUCGGAGGCCGAGCCCUCUAUUCCUUCACCUGAAAGACCCCAACCGAAUCCCGUGACCCGCAAACAUCCUGCAACCGAGUCUCUUCCUGAGGCUUUCCCUCAGCAGCCGCGCCAACAGCAGAUUGCUGUUUCAGCGAUGGCAGGCGAUAACACUGAGUUCCUCUCAAAGACGCCACUUCUACCCUCAUGGCCGAAACGGAAGCUCAUCCCUGAGGUUUGGUCAACUGUAUUGAGGGUCCACGAAAAUGCAAAGUCGAAUACGUCCGCCGCCCUCGAAGAGAAAUGUCACGAACUUGAGGUCGUACAGGCGCACCUCGGCAAGCUGAUUAAAGAGCUCGAGGAAACUCAGGCGUCGAUUUACAUCACAGAUGAGAAGGUUGAACGUGUCGCGGCUCAACAGGAUGAGUUUGAUGAGUACCGUGUUUUCAUCGGACACAUGAUCCUACUUUGUGAUGCAGGACCCAAGGGACUGGAGAGGGUGGUUGAUGCUUUGAGUGAGCAAGGACUAGAGUUUAAGACAUUGAUUUAUGAGCAUGUAAGCGAUGGACAGGCCAGCUUUGAUAAGUGA